UUUUGCUUAUUGCUUUGCUGCUCUUCCCUCUUCAGCCUCUCCUUUUCAUGAGAAACUACUGAACGUGGAAGAAAGGCUCCACAUUUCCACAGUCAUGGCACUCUUUUCUUCCCUCACACCAGUAUUUAUAGCCAUUAUAUGUGUUUUGAUUGGGGUAAUAAUGAAGAAGACAAAUGGAGAGAAGGAAAAACGUGACACUAAAAGCAAGCAUCCAUCUCGCCCAUGGGUGGAUGAAGAUUUAAAAGAUAGCACUGACCAUCCCUUAGAAGAAGAAGAGGGUGAGGAAGAGUGGCAAGGACUUGAAGAAAAUGUUGCCCAUGUCCCCUUCACUGGCGAGCGCUACUCUGAGGCUGAAAUGAUUAAGAGGUCGCAGACAUUCUAUGAGCUUCUAAAUAAGAGGCGAUCUGUCAGGUUUCUCAGUGAUGAGUCAGUCCCCAGGGAGGUUAUCGAUAAUGUCAUCAGAACAGCAGGUACUUCACCUAGUGGAGCACACACUGAGCCCUGGACCUUUGUGGUAGUGCAAGAUCCAUAUUUAAAACAUAAGAUUCGUGAAAUUGUAGAAGAAGAAGAGGAAAUCAACUACAAAAAAAGGAUGGGAGACAGAUGGGUUAAUGACCUGAAAAGAUUGAGAACAAAUUGGAUCAAAGAGUACUUGGACACUGCUCCGUAUUUGAUCCUUAUUUUCAAGCAGGUAUAUGGGCAGCUUCCAAAUGGCAAAAAGAAGACCCACUACUACAAUGAAAUCAGUGUUUCCAUUGCCUGUGGUAUCCUGCUUGCUGCACUGCAGAACGCAGGUCUGUACACAGUGACCUCCACACCCCUGAACUGCGGCCCCCAGCUCCGGGUGCUGCUCCACCGGCCAGCAAACGAGAAGCUCCUGUUGCUGCUCCCCGUUGGCUAUCCCAAGAAAGACGCCACUGUGCCUGCGCUGAGCCGGAAGCCGCUGGAAGACAUCAUGGUGGUCAUGUGAGCCCAGUGCCAGGAGAAGGAGAGCAAUCCUGCUGACAGUUGAAGAUGUCACUGCUGUUUCUGUGCAUUGUCCCCCUAUGUCGCCAUUGCUCUGGCUGUUUACAUCUCCAUUUCUUUUAGUGCUAGUAAUCUACUAACAGCAGUGAGCAGUCAAGCACUGUGCCUUGGACAGCUGCUGUAACCUAUCUGACCAGGGCAUUGUUCCAGGGAGUAUGUACAAUGGCAUUUAAAUGAUCUCAUCACUUGAUUUUUCUCAUGCAUUGUAGGGACGUAUCUCUUCUUGAACUGGAAUAUGUAUUUUCCUUAUACUUUUGUGAUUGCCAUUACGCAGUUAUUUUAACUUAAGAGUUUUAAUGAAGGUUGUAUUAAAAGAUACAAAGAAGUUAAACUGA